AAGGACUAACCAUUCGUCCACUCCAGCAGUUCUAGAAGCUUCGGCUCGUGAAUAAGAGUUGGAUGUUAAUUUUAAGUGUGACACUGAUACAGACUAGAAAGUAAAGAAGAGAUCAUCAAGGAGAUAGCUGGUAACUGUUAUCUGAACUAUAUGGAGGGAUUCAAUGGUCCAUUGUUCUUCGGCAUGUCUUCGGUACCAGUACCGCCCGAAUAGUCCUCAAGUUCACAGCUCUGGUUGUUCUUUCUUCUUGGUGCAGAAUAAUGUUGAUCCUCUUUGGAAUCCUCCUAACAGCAUUGUUCCUCCUGCGUUUCUUCUGCCGACACUUCAACUACUACAAGUUGGCUUUGCGACUCCCUUAUGCCAAGAAGGCCCCGCUAAUCGGCCACGCCCUCAACUUGUGGGUGGAUAAAGAUGAACUAUUGGACAAGAUAUUGGAGAUAAUAGGGGAACCAGACAAUAAAAGAUCCAUCCAAGAACAUGGAGUUUUGGCAGUUUGGAUUGGGCCGAUGGCUAUUGUCUUAGUUCACGAUUUGCAAGACAUAGAGCAAAUCCUAACAAGCAGAGAUCUCACGAGAAAGUCCUAUCAAUAUAAAUUCUUUGAACCAUGGCUAGGGCAGGGCUUAUUUACAGCAUCAGGUCCACACUGGUACAGCCAUCGGAAACUCAUAACACCAGCAUUUCAUUUCAAAAUUCUUGAAAAGUUCAUUCCAAUAUUUAAUGCAAACAUUGAUAUUUACCUGAGAAAACUAGACGAAAAAGUAGGAAAAGGAAGCUUUAACAUAGAAAACUAUAUUGCCUACCUAUCCCUGGAUAUAAUUGCAGAAACUGCAAUGGAUGCAAAAAUAAAUGCACAGAAAGAAGAAUCUCCAUAUGCCCAAAAAGUUAAAGACAUGACAGAAACUAUACUCCUCAGAGGUUGCAGGUUGUUAUACUAUUCAGAUGUAAUUUUUAGUCUGUCUUCUUUAGGAAGGAGACAAAAGAGAAGUAAGAGGUUCAUUGACAAUUUCAUAAAUGAUCUCGUGAAGAGAAAAAAAGAAGAAAGAAAUAGGAUUCAAUUAACUAAAAACAACAAAAAUAAUUCAGAGAUUGAUGAGAAAGAGAGGGUAGCUCUCAUGGAUGUACUGUUAGAAACCCAAAACAGAUCCUCCCAUUUUACUGACAAGGAUAUUCUGGAUGAAGUUAACACAUUCAUGUUUGGUGGACACGAUACCAUCACAUCUUGUAUCAACUUCACCCUCUACUUACUAUCCAAGCAUCCCACAAUCCAGGAGGAAGUACUAAGAGAAAUUGAAUCAGUUAUCGGAGAAGAGAAAUUCACUUUGAGCAAUCUACAACAGCUUAAAUACUUGGAACGAGUAAUAAAAGAAUCAUUAAGGAUAUUGCCAGUUGGUCCAUUUAUGCAAAGAGCGGCAGAAAAAGACAUCAAACUGAGAAGUGGCUAUGUCCUGCCAGCUGGAUGCACUAUCAUAAUGAUGAUUUAUGCUCUCCAUAGAAACCCAGAGUACUUUCCGAACCCGGAACAGUUUGACCCAGAUAGAUUCCUUCCAGAAAAUUGUUUGAACAGGCAUCCUUACGCCUACUUACCGUUCAGUGCAGGUCCUCGAAACUGUAUAGGUCAAAAAUUUGCUCUGCUAGAAAUGAAAGCAAUCAUCGCUGCAACCAUAAGAAGAUACAAAUUACUUCCAUCAGAAGAUAUCAAGCCGGUCAUCCAUAUUAUUCUGCGAUCAGCUAAUGGAAUCAACUUGAUAUUAGAAAGACGAAAAUCCUCCUCAAACGCCAGCAAUCACCCACAGCUCCAAAGAACCUAAUACAAAUAUAUAAAUUAAUUAAUUUGAUUAAGGACUGCUUCCAAUAUCAUCUCUCAAUGCUGCUGUGAAUUAGCAGUUUGUAAAAUAGUUGAUGUACAAAUAAUUUUAUUAACAGUGUAUCAUUUAUUUAUUUAAUGUAAAUAAACAGCUUUGCUUAAGAUUUCAUUUCAUUGCUUAAUAUACUAAAUAAAAUCAAAGAUAGUUUGUUGUUCAAUAAUAAAUAAUUUGCUCACCACUGACUCAAGGGUCGGUCUACCAAUCAUUUUCUUUCUUCAUACUUUUCACAAGCCAACUUUUCUUUCCCUAUCACUUUUCUCACCUGAAAUACAACAA